GAGGAGAACUGCAUGAAGUUGGGAGGAGGGAGCUGUCGGUAUGGGGUUUAUCUGAGAGAGAGAGAGAAGCUGACAGACAAACCUAUAGGGGAGAUAGAAGCCAGCAGUGAGGUAAUUGUUAUUUGCCCCAUACAUCUGUGACACACAGAGGGAGGUAACAGUGUAUAAGGGGAACACACUGCUGUGUCACUGACAGACACCAGGCUGGACAGUUGUGAGUGAGAAGAGAUGAUCAGAGCUGGACACAGCCUGUAGGUUAUGAGAAGAUAGAGAAGGAGCUGUCAGGUUGUGUGUUUGCAGAAUGCCCUCUCCGUUGUGUAGGGUUGUGGAUGUAAAGGUCCUGCUCUCCCCUCUAUAGGCAAUUCUUGUGUUUGUUGGACAUGCUGUGUCUAAGUGCAGAUACCAAGUGGAUAUAGAUGCACUGUAGAGGGUGACACCUAGGGCAGAGCUCUGCAUUUGCCCCUCUGUUUGGUGAGAUGCCCCGGCUGUUUUUACCCAUCAUCUUGGUCCUUCACCUUGUGACACCGAUGUUUCCCCUGCGCUCCCCGAGUUGCCAUGAGGUCCGUGCCGCUUUCCAGCUGCAGCAGGUCGGGAGAGCACGACUUGUACCGGAGGUACCGCUGGAGGAGUCUGACCUCCAGAUCUGCCAGAACAAGGCUUCGACCUGCUGCACCCGGAAGAUGGAGGAAAGCUACCAGGCCGCGGUGAAGAGAGAGCUGACCCAUAACAUCCAGGCUCUGAACUUUGAGCUGAAGUACAUGAUAGUUGCACACAUGUCUGCUUUCCAAGAGACAUUCACCUUUCUAAUUGACAGUGCCACAAACCAUACCAUGUCUUUGUUUGGCACCACUUACCGGACAUUGGCACAGGACGUGCAGGAUCCAGUGAGAGAGCUAUUUACAGACAUCUCUCUCAAUAUCCUGGGUGAGGAGAUGCCAGUGGACAAUGCUGUUUCACGAUUUUUUGAUGCACUUUUUCCGUUGGUCUAUAAUCACCUUUUAAAUCCUGGGAAAGGUACUUUGUCAGAAGAAUAUUUGGAGUGCCUCCGCCUGACGCGACAGGACAUUAAUCCAUUUGGACCCAGCUUCCAGGAGAUGGUGACUGUAUUGUCCAAAUCCCUCUGGGCCAGCAGAAUGAUGAAGCAAUCACUAAGCAUGGCAGUUCACAUAAUAAAUAGCACGGAACAUGCUGGGAUGACGAGGGAGUGCACCCGAGCCCUGGUGAGGAUGCAGUACUGCCCUCACUGUCAAGGCCUUACUCUUAUCCGCCCUUGUGUGGGUUACUGUCUCAAUGUUAUGAGGGGAUGUCUUGCAAGCUUUGCAGAACUUGAUGCCCCAUGGAGGGACUUCAUAGCUUUGCUGGAGCACCUGGCUGGACAAAUGUCUGGAUCACAUGACCUGGAGUUGGCACUUUUGGGGAUUAGGGACAUGAUCAAAGUAUCCAUUGAGUAUGCAGAGACACAAAGUCACAAUCUUACAUCUAUGGUGGAGAAGGUAUGUGGGGAGCUGCAGGAGAGUCCCAACAAUCAGGCUUCAAAGGUCAAACUCCAUAUGGAUGAGGAUGUUGAUCAUCCUCCAGUAACAAAACUUCCAUCUCCUGUUCAAAUGAGAAGCUCUCUACCUCUGAAGUCUUCAAAGAAUGACAGACCUCGCAGUUUGAAAAGAAUCUCUCGGGAAUUUAUCAAGUAUAUGAAAUUGUCAAGGACGUUUUAUGCAUCCCUGGCAGAGCGUUUGUGUGAUGGGGAUUUGGCAGUCAGAGAUGGGUCCACCUGCUGGAAUGGAGAAGAUGUAGUGGAAAGCUAUACAAAUAUUGUUGUCUCCAAUGAACUUAAAGCGCAAGUCAGUAACCCAGAGGUUAAGGUGAGAGGACCCAAUGCAGUCAUCAGCCAAGUCAUUGACAAACUACGUCACUUCAUACAGAUGGGCAAUGAUAAGAAGAUGAAACCAAAGAGAUGGCGGUUUGGAGAGGGCAGUGGAGGCGGGGAGAGACCAGAAGAUUCAGGUCCUAGUGGAGAUUGUGAUGAUGAAGAUGGCUGUCAAGGGUCUGGAGAGGAAGAAACCAGAGAUGCAAAGUCGAGAUCAGAGGUUUCCAAGGAACUACAACCCACCGUAAAAGUACCCAGGCUUCCUACCCAGAGUACACCCAAGACUUCACAGAAAAAGCUAAAUGUAGCAGGCAAUGGUAGUAAAAUAAGAGUUCCUUCAUCUGGUCUGGUGGUUACAUUAUUAAUCAUUUGUCAGGUCAUGUUACACCUGUCCAAUGCAGCAGCUACUUUCUAAGGUCACAAUGCCUUCAAUAUAUAUGCAAGCAAAAGAAAGUACCUUUACAGGGUGGACAUGAAGCAUGUAGAUGAUCCUAAUGUUGCCUGACUUUAAAUGGACAAUGGGUUGGCCGCUGGACACAUGCGCCACGAACAGUUAAGAUCCAAAUAAUGCUUUAUAAACAACUCUCAUGAAAUAUCCUCAAUACAAACUCGUACAAAGGUUUCACAAGUGUGGCUUGCAGGGUAAGCAUCGAGUUGGACGUUAGGUGAAUAGACUUUGUGAAGAAAUACAUAUCCUUCUAGUGCUAUACACUCUGCAAUGCCACGUACCUGCCAAGACUAGUAACACCACAUUUAAACCUGCUGAAAGUUUCCAUGCACUUUAGAAGCCGGUAGGCAAACGUCUGCUUUGCAUAUUAUCUAUACCUCUGGCAAUCUCCUUGCAUACAUUUUAUAUCAUUCAUCUAAAUGUCACCAGACACUUGUGUUCUUCUCACAACAGUAUUUUUCAACUUUUCUGUGUACUUGAUACCGUAUCGAUGAUUAGCGUUAGCUCUCUUUUAAUGUAUACCAAAAUGGUACCGGUGUGAUGUUACCUGCUAUUUCUAAUGCCACAAACUGAAGAUGAACUAGGAAGAUGUAACAACUCAUGAAUGAAGGAGAAUCAACAAUUUUUCAAGCUGCCAAGGUCACGUUUUAUGUUGGCAUCCACAAUGCCUUCCUAAGUUUUAUGGACUAUGCAAUUUACAGGUCAAAGUAGUGCACAUAAAUAUAGAUUGGGGUAACAGUUUACAAAGAUUAUAACAAAAUAUACUUCUUACAUCAUAGAUUAAAACAAGGCGGAUCUAAUGAGCAUAGUAUUUCUCUCUAGACAAGGUGUCAUUGUUUAUCUUUUAGUUUUUUACAGUGAAAAUAUGUUCAUGGAUUUAGGCUUAUCUUUUACUUACUGGAAUGGUAAUGCUGUAGCAGCACUGCACCAGAUAAGAGGUGCAUCCUCUGUUCCUUCAGGUUGGGGAUUGUUACACCUAUAGCAAAGUGGUUACUUGUGAUGUGGCUUUUAGUACAUAGUAUUUUAUGAACCUUUAUAUCAUUGUUCUAUUUUAAUUUUUUUUAAGUGCAACAAAUGUAGUGCGUGUCAUGCUGUUAAUUCAAAUAUCUGCAAAAGAGAUGAGAAUUGUUGAUGUAGCUGAUGCAAUGUAUCUAAAAUACAAGGAAAUCAGUUUUAAGAAGUUCAUCAGCCUUUCAUUGUCUUAUGCUUGACACGUCAAGUUUAAUGUGUCUGUUCCUGUCCUGAUGCAUACAUUUGCUUACAUGUUAUAAAUUAUAAUCAUAAAAGGUAACAUAAGUGGAAUAAAAUAUCCAAUUUAAGAAA